AUGAAGUCGUCCGUCAUCUCAAACUCCCAAGAAUCCGCCUCCUCUUCGUCAUCGUCGUCGUCUCCAUCCCCAACCCUAGCGACUGUCCCUCGGCCGCUCCCUCCGGCGCCUCCGCCUCCGCCGCCGACGAGCCCUCCGCCUCGCCUCCGCCUCCUCUUCGAUUGCCGCCUCCUCAUUUACCCUAAAGGCGACUCCCAAGCCCUACCUGGUUACUUCUCAAUCUACCUCCAGAUCGUCGAUCCUCGAGGCUCUUCCUCAUCGAAGUGGGACUGCUUCGCUAGUUAUCGCCUGUCCAUACUUAAUCAUCUUGAUGAAUCCAAGUCCAUCUCUCGGGAUUCUUGGCAUAGGUUUUCCUCUAAGAAAAAAUCCCACGGAUGGUGUGAUUUCACACCGUCUUCCACUAUCCUUGAUCCUAAAGCUGGGUUUCUUGUUAACAGCGAGUCCGUUUUGAUCAGUGCUGAUAUUUUGAUCCUGAAUGAAUCGGUUUCGUUUGGUAACGAGGCCUUGCAGCCGGUGCCUGAUGUUUUGAGUGGGAAAUUUACAUGGAAAGUGCAUAAUUUUAGCUUGUUUAGGGAGAUGAUUAAGACCCAGAAGAUUAUGAGCCCCGUUUUUCCUGCUGGGGAGUGUAACUUGAGGAUCAGUGUGUAUCAGAGCUCGGUUGCGGGAGUAGAUCACUUGUCAAUGUGCUUGGAGAGUAAGGAUACGGAGAAGACACCAGAUAGGAGCUGCUGGUGCUUGUUUAGGAUGUCGGUGUUGAACCAGAAACCGGGGUUGAAUCACGUGCAUAGGGAUUCAUAUGGGAGGUUUGCGGCGGAUAAUAAAGGCGGGGAUAAUACCAGCCUUGGGUGGAAUGAUUAUAUGAAAAUGUCCGAUUUUGUUGGGUCAGAGUCGGGGUAUUUGGUGGAUGAUACGGCGGUGUUCACCACAUCAUUCCAUGUGAUCAAGGAAUCAAACAAUUCGUCGAUCAAGAGUGCUGGGACGGUGCUUGGGGGGAGGGGAGCGGCGAGGAAGUCAGACGGACAUUUUGGGAGGUUUACCUGGAGGAUCGAGAAUUUCACGAGGUUGAAGGACUUGCUCAAGAAGAGGAAGAUCACCGGGCUUUGCGUGAAGAGCAAGAGGUUUCAGAUUGGUAAUAGGGAUUGUCGCCUUAUUGUUUAUCCGAGGGGGCAGUCUCAACCACCUUGUCACCUUUCCGUGUUUCUUGAGGUAACUGAUUCCCGAAACACUACCAGCGAUUGGAGUUGCUUUGUGAGCCAUCGGCUGUCAGUAGUAAAUCAGAAAGUGGAGGAAAAGUCGGUUACAAAAGAGUCACAGAAUCGAUACUCCAAGGCGGCAAAAGAUUGGGGUUGGCGUGAAUUUGUGACUUUAACAAGCCUCUUUGAUCAGGACUCUGGGUUUCUUGUUCAGGACACUGUCAUGUUCUCUGCAGAAGUUCUUAUAUUGAAGGAAACUUCAAUAAUGCAAGAAUUUGGUGAGCAAGACUCUGAUUUAUCUGGUGCUACUUCAGGGUCUCAAAUGGAUGCCAUUUGGAAGAGAGGGUCCUUUACUUGGAAGGUGGAGAAUUUUUUGUCCUUCAAGGAGAUUAUGGAAACUCGAAAAAUCUUUAGCAAAUUCUUUCAAGCUGGCGGUUGCGAGCUGCGAAUAGGUAGGGGAAGGUUGUGCACAAUUUAUUUCUAAUAUAUGCAUACUAUUAUUCUUUUCUCUAUGCAAAACUUUUAUUUUUGUGAUUACACAGGUGUGUAUGAGUCAUUUGACACUAUAUGUAUAUACUUGGAAAGUGAUCAGUCAUCCGGGAGUGAUCCAGAUAAGAACUUUUGGGUUCGCUACAGAAUGGCUGUUGUUAACCAAAAGAAUCCUGCAAAAACUGUGUGGAAGGAAUCUUCCAUCUGCACAAAAACAUGGAAUAACUCAGUUCUUCAGUUUAUGAAGGUGUCUGAUAUGCUGGAAUCAGAUGCAGGCUUUCUUGUUCGUGAUACGGUGGUAUUCAUUUGUGAGAUCAUAGAUUGCUGUCCGUGGUUUGAAUUUUCUGAUUUGGAGGUUUUGGCAUCAGAGGAUGACCAGGAUGCACUAUCAACAGACCCUGAUGACCUCAUUGAUUCUGAGGACAGUGAAGGUAUUAGUGGAGAUGAGGAGGAUAUGUUCCGUAAUCUUCUAUCACGGGCAGGUUUCCAUCUUACGUAUGGUGAUAACCCUUCUCAACCCCAAGUUACUUUAAGGGAGAAACUUCUCAUGGAUGCUGGCGCUAUUGCUGGAUUUCUUACUGGUCUACGCGUCUACCUCGAUGACCCUGCUAAAGUGAAACGCUUGCUCCUUCCCACUAAGCUAUCUGGAAAUAAUGGGAACAAGAAAGAUGCUGCAAGGGACGAUGCUAAUUCUCCAAGCCUAAUGAAUUUGUUGAUGGGUGUUAAAGUCCUACAACAAGCUAUCAUUGAUUUACUCCUAGAUAUAAUGGUUGAGUGUUGUCAACCUUCGGAAGCAAGAACCGGUUACGACUCCUCUGAUACAGGCAAGCCUUCUCCUAGUUCUAAUGGAGCUAGUACUCCAUCAGAACGCAGUGGAGAUAGCGAAGUAACAGACUGUGCACAGUUUCGUGUGUGUCAGAGAUUGGAACCUGAAGUAGAUGCAAUAUCUCAAUCUCACGCAGUUCAAAGCUCAGAACUGAACACAAAUGGGAUACCUGUCAAGAGCUAUCCAGAACAGCCCAUUUGUCCUCCGGAGACAUCUGCUGCAGAUCUGCCUGCAGAUGAUGGCUUCACUCGAGCUGCCAAGACAAAAUCCCUUGUUCUAGAUAAAGCUCCAAGACAUGUUCAACAGAUUUAUUCCCUUGGUGCCGUAAUUAGUGAUCAAUUCAGGCUACUUGCUGCUGUGCCACUUCUAAUCGCCCUUCAGAAGCCUGAUGCUGAACGCGGUCUUUCGGCGGUUCUUGGUGCUCUGAGUCAUCUGGAGUUUGGCAGUGAGGUGUGGGAACGUGUACUAAUACAAGCUUUUGAACUUCUAACAGAAUCUAAUGAUGAACCCCUGGUAGCGGCUAUAAGUUUUGUUUUCAAAGCUGCAUCCCAGUGCCAUCAUCUGCCACAGGCCGUCAGAGCUGUCCGUUCAAAGUUGAAAAGUCUGGCUGCUGAAGUUCCACAAUGUGUGUUGGAUAUUCUAACAAACAUUGUACAUACUUGGGAAGAUGUAGCCAAAGCUAUACUAAGGGACAUUGAUUCUGACUGUGAAUUAGAUGGAAAUUGCAUGACAGCACCUUGUGGUAUCUUUACUUAUGGUGUAAAUGGGUUAUCCGCAGAAGAAAUGCACGCGGGGCACGAACAGGUUAUAGAUAGUUGCCAUCAUCUUUCAGAUGUCUACAUAUUGGUAGAGAUGUUGUCCAUACCAGGCAUGUUUGUUGAUGUAUCACAAGUUUUUGAGAGAGCUGUAAUCCGAGGCGCCAUUGGACUAAGAUCAGUAGCUAUGAUCUUGGAAAGACGUCAUUCUAGAAGAUUAGCUGGUAAAUCUCGGUCUCUUCUGGAUGAUUCACAGGGUAAACAAUCCCUUAUUGAUGGGAAAAAUGAAUCGUUGAGCAUCCAAGAGGAUGAUUUUGCAUCAGUUCUUUCUCUUGGAGAAGUAUUAUCUCUCUCCCGGAAUACUCGAGUCCAGGAUUUUGUGAGGAUGCUAUAUGCUAUUAUGUUCAAGAUUUAUUCAGACGAGCAAUACCGGGUUAGGAUGUUGAAGGUGCUUGUUGAUCGUGCAACAAGUAGUUCAGAUAAUUGCCGAGUAGCUGAUAUAGAUAUGGACGUUUUGGUAUUUCUAGUAAGAGAGGAAGAUGGAAUUGCCAGACCAGUUUUAAACAUGAUGAGAGAAGUUGUUGAGCUUGCUCAAGUUGAUCGUGCUACUCUUUGGCACCAAUUAUGUGCCAUUGAGGAUGAAAAUAUUCGGUCUCGAGAGGAAAGGCAAGCAGAGCUUUCGAAUUUUGCUCAUGAAAAAACUGCUUUGAUCCAAAGGUUAAGUGAAUCGGAGGCCACUACGAGCCGUCUUAAGUCUGAACUGAAGGCAGAAGGGGAACGUUCUGCCAGAGAAAAGAAAGACCACUGCGAGCAAAUACUUGAGUUAGAAAACCAAUUAGAAUGGGUACGUGCAGAAAAGGAUGAGGAGAUUAGAAGGCUUUCAUCUGACCGGAAAGCUCUUCAGGUUCGUCUUCAUGAUGCUGAAACACAGCUUUCUCAGUUGAAAUCUCGGAAACGAGAUGAAUUGAAGAGAGUAAUGAAGGAGAAAAAUGCCUUAGCUGAAAGGCUGAAGAAUGCUGAAGCUGCAAGAAAAAGAUUUGAUGAUGAAUUAAAACGGUAUGCUACAGAGACUGUGAGUCGAGAAGAAGUUAGACAAUCGCUCGAAGAUGAAGUCAGACGGUUAACAAAAACAGUUGGACAAACUGAAGGAGAAAAAAGGGAGAAAGAAGAGCAAGUUGCUAGAUGUGAAGCCUACAUUGAUGGAAUGGAAUCAAGAUUGCAGACAUGCCAGCAAUACAUCCAAAAUCUUGAGAAUUCCCUCCGAGAUGAAAUGGCUCGUCAUGCUCCACUUUAUGGUGUGGGCUUGGAGUCCCUGUCAAUGAAAGAGCUCGAGACAAUCAGCCACAUUCAUGAGGAAGGACUUCGCCAGGUCCAUGCUAUUCAACAGAGAAGAGGCGGUGGAAGCCCUUCUCUUGUGACCGGCCACAUUUCUCCACAAGUCCAAAGCUUAUACCCUACAACUCUCCCCAUGCCCAUUGGUGCUCCUGCGAGUGUUAUCCCGAAUAAUGGAGGACUUCAGGGCAAUGGACAUAUGAACGGUUCAGCAUCCCCUUGUUCCAAACCCACAUAAACUUGAAGCAAAAGAAGAAAUUUUAGUCAUUGCUCCUUCAUUGCAAGCACCCCCGUUACUUGGUUCUGGUAGAACUAUUGGAAGAUGGUAAACCCGACCUAAGGAAAGUGUUGUCAUAUAAAUAAUCGAGAAAAAAAGAAGAAAAGAUGUAUUCAGGGAAAACAGUUUUGUAAUAACUUAUGUGGAAGUGAGCCCGAUGGGUCUAGCAGUUGCAAAUGAAAAGCUUUUGAGCGGAGGGGGUACAACCAUUUUUUGAGUUUGGGGUAUUUGCCCAUCUGUCUUGUGAAUCGCAUUAUUUUUGGUAAUACAAGAUGUUAUUUACUUCCAUAAAGUGAUUGAUGUUCGUCAAUUGAUCUUCAGAAUGUAAAUAUAAUUUUCUGCAAAUCUGAUUGGA